ACGUUUGAUACAGUGCAGUCAGUCAGCUGUUAAACCCGACGUCAACGAAAGUGAAGAAAUUUUCCUGUGGGCAUGGAUAGCUUAUUCAAAUUCCUCUUAUUACUUUGGUGUGUCCAAUGUGUGCUUGGUGCAUCAAAGUCCAGGCCUAUCACCACAACACUGGAAGCAAAAUGGACGAGGCAUUCAGUCGCCAUGGAAACCAGUGAAUUCAUAGCAGAAAAGAGCGAUGCAGCCUUCUGGAAAUUCCUGGAACAAGUGUCGGCUUAUAAAGAAAACUUCAGUCAUGAUGAAGCCUUGUAUCACUUCACACUCAAGAUGGCUAAUCGUCACUUGUCAAGCAUGGAACAGGAUUUGCUGAAGUGGGCCCUCUCCAUUCAUGCCUACGCUCCUAAAAUUGAGAUGUACCACCAGAUUGCAAGGAGCCUCUCGGUACCAGAAAAUUGUGAUACUUUCAUCGAUGUGCAUGGGAAAUUUACCUGCUCACUUGACAGACUGGAUGAACUUAUAGGAAACGUUGGUGAAAGGCCUAAACCUGACAUCUUUAAAGUUGAUCAUGAGUAUAAGCGGUCAUCUAAUGGAUCAGUGGUGGCAGUCUUGUACGGUGACAUAAGUGAUUACAAGUCAAUGGUUGCAGACUUCCACAAAGCCCUCGCAAGUAAAGCUGCCUCUGGAGAUAUCCAGUAUGUCUUCAGACAUUACCAAAGGGUUUCUUCUGGGGUCAAAGUUCGUCUGUCUGGUUAUGGUGUGGAACUGGCCAUCAAGAGCACAGAAUACAAAGCAGUGAAUGAAGAUGAGAACAAAGAUGGCUCUUCCAAGACUGAAGCCAGUGUUGAUGAUGGGCCGGAUGAAAUUGAGGGAUUUGUCUUCAGUAAACUGAAGGAACUCCACCCGGAUUUGACCGAGGAGCUUACUCAAUUCAAACAGCAUUUGGUAGACAACACCAAUAGAAUGGAGCCCCUCAAAGUAUGGCAACUACAAGACAUCGCCUAUCAGGCAGCACAGCGGGUACUGUCCACCCCUUCAGAGAACGCUCUUCAGGUGUUGACAGAUAUCAGCCAGAACUUUCCUCUUCUUGCUCGUUCCUUGAUCAGAACCCAGGUGAAGAAUGAGGUCCAGAAGGAAAUAAAGGAGAACCAGAAAUUAUUUGCGAUGAAUCAUAACACAGAUCAAGGAGAAGCUAUCAUCAUGGUGAAUGGGUUGGUCAUUGAUACAGAAGUAGCUGAUCCUUUUAUGCUUCUUGAUUUGUUGAAAGCAGAAGGAAAACUUUUAGAAGGUCUCCAUCAGCUUGGUGUUCAGGGUAAUAGCUUGACAGAUGUUAUGAAAACCAAGAUAGAGUCAUUGCAAGACAGUUAUGCUGUAGAUAUCAGAGAUAAUGCAGUCAUUUACAUCAAUGAUCUUGAGAGUGAUAAGAAGUACAAAGAGUGGCCGUCUCAUAUCCAGGAAUACCUCCGACCAACAUUCCCAGGAAUGCUCAGACAUGUUGCCAAGAAUGUCUUCCAUAUUACGCUCAUCUUAGAUCCAACCAGCCCUGACUCCAUGCUCCUCCUCGACCAAACCGAGAUGCUUUACCUCAGCGACGUCCCCCUUAGGUUUGGCUUCGUCUUUGUCGUCAAUGAUGAUGACAACGUGGAUGGAAGGGAUGAUGCCGGUGUUGCCAUGGUGAGAGCGUUUAAUUUUGCCCUGAUGGAAGAGGACGGUGGUAAAGCCAUGGAUCUUAUCACAAAGAUCCAUAGGGAGGCUGAUGAUGUGGUUCAGCCCGGUGACGUCAUAACAGUGAUAAAUCAGAUGUUCCCUGGCGAGGAUAUUGAUGAUAUCAUUGGACCUGAUACAGACUAUGAUGAUCAUAGACAGGAUGGCAAGGCAUUCUUGAGAAAGACCGCUCUUCGUGAGACGCCUCAAGUUCUAAUGAAUGGUGUGCCAUUGUCCAAAGAUGAGCUUGAUCCAGAUGUAUUUGAAGAAGCAGUUGUCACAAACAUCUUAGUGAAUACAGCCGACUUUCAAAGAGCAGUUUACAGAAACAAAGUUGGGGACCACACCGAUCUUCUGGAGUAUGCGAUGACCCAACCUAAUGUGAUGCCUCGUCUUAACCUGAAAAUUCUCAAAUCUGACAAUCCCAUCAUUGACCUCACAGGGUCUCCAGGUUCAACAACCAUUGAUACUCCCUUAGACACCCAUGGACUCUCUUCAAGUCAGUUGACAGGACUUCUAGCAGAUUCAAUCAAGUAUCUUACAAAGAAAGAUGAUGAUGCAAUUAGACCGGUAUCCAUGUGGGUUGUUUGUGAUCUAGAGACGAAGGAAGGCAGGCAGGUUGCCAGGGAUACUCUUCAGUAUGUGAAAACAUCAAACAAUGUAAGACUGGGGUUGGUCUACAAUGCCCCACUUCCAAAGGAUGGUGCUGAAGCCUUCUGGCUUGUUAGGGCCAUCCAAGCUGCUUUGGAGACACAGACGAGGAACUAUGCCAAGAAUUUCAUCUUUAAGCUCCUCAAGGAAGAGAAUUUUAAGAGCAUUCAAGAAGGAACAAAAACACCCCAGGACUUUGAAGUCAAUGGCAUGGAUAUGAAAGCCUUUACUGAAGCUUACAACAAACAUCGCAAGUCAUUUCUAGAGAAUCAUAGGGCCUUUGCUUCUGACGUUUUAAGUCUGGGGCUAGGAGACAGAGCCAUCGUAGCAAAUGGAAGGGUAUUUGGACCAUUUUCUCCUAAUGAGCCUAUAGAAGUAGCUGAUUUUGAGCUUAUAGAAAAAUUGAUCAUGAGUAAUUCUGCUACCAAUGUGAAAAAUAAGCUGAAGAACGUAAUAUCUUCCAAGGACAAGAAGAAAGACUUUGCUAGUGAUAUGGUGAUGAAGACAGACGCUUUACUAGCAUCUAGUUCUCAAUCUGAUUCAAGAAAAGAUACUCAAUAUUGGAAGAAAAAACAUAGCAUGAUGAAUAUUCCACCAAGAAAUUCUGACCAGGCUAGCUAUGAUAUUGUGGCCGUCUUGGACCCCUUAUCAAGGGCAAGCCAGAAGUGGAGUCAGCUUCUUCAUGUGCUUCACCAAGUGUUAAAUGUGAAUAUCAAUAUCUACAUGAACCCAAGGGCACAGCUUUCAGAGCUUCCUCUAAAGAGUUUUUAUCGAUAUGUGCUGGAACCAGAACUGGCCUUCAGGGUGGAUAGCAGUUUCACUGCAGGACCAUCAGCUAAGUUCCUAGACAUGCCCUUGGACACCUUACUCACCAUGAACUUACUCACCCCAGAGAGCUGGCUUGUUGAAUCGGUUAGGACACCUAAUGACCUGGACAACAUCAAACUCAGUGAGGUACCCGGUGGAAUCCUUGCCGAGUAUGAGUUAGAGUACUUACUCCUUGAGGGGCAUUGCUUUGAGCAGAACUCUGGACAGCCUCCCAGGGGCCUUCAGUUCACCCUGGGUACCGUUACCCAGCCUGUCAUGGUGGACACCAUUGUUAUGGCAAACUUGGGUUAUCUUCAGUUGAAGGCCAACCCAGGAGCCUGGUUGUUGCGUCUCAGACAUGGACCAUCUUCAGAUAUCUAUGAGAUAGCAAGUCAUGAAGGCACAGAUUCCUCUGAAGGAAGCGAGGAGGUGCAGGUCGUUAUGAGCAGUUUCAAGGCUAAGAUUGUCAGGAUGAAGGUGAAGAAGAAGCCUGGUAUGCAGGACGUUGACCUUCUCUCUGGUGAUGGAGCUAAGGAGGAGAAUGGUGGAGCAGGAGGAGGUGGUGGAGGAGGAGGACUCUGGAACUCCAUCUCAAAUUCGAUUUCUGGUCUCACCGGUGGAGGAUCAGGAGGAGGAGCUAAAAAGGGUGCAGAGACCGGUAAUGGGGACCUGGAUAAUCAGCUGAAUAUCUUUUCAUUGGCAUCAGGUCAUCUCUAUGAAAGAUUGCUUAGAAUCAUGAUGUUGAGUGUUCUCAAGCACACAAAGUCUCCUGUCAAAUUCUGGUUCCUCAAAAAUUACCUUUCACCUUCAUUCAAGGAAAUAAUACCAGAGAUGGCUAAGGAAUAUAACUUUGAAUACGAAUUAGUUCAGUAUAAGUGGCCUCGGUGGCUCCAUCAACAAACAGAAAAACAAAGGAUGAUAUGGGGGUACAAAAUUCUUUUCCUUGAUGUUUUGUUCCCGCUCAAUAUCAAGAAGAUCAUAUUUGUGGAUGCUGAUCAGAUUGUAAGGGCAGACAUGCAGGAACUGGCUGACUUUGACCUCAAGGGUGCGCCCUAUGGCUAUGUGCCGUUUUGUGACAGCAGAAAAGAGAUGGAUGGUUUCAGAUUUUGGAAAUCAGGAUACUGGGCAAACCAUUUAGCAGGAAGAAAAUACCACAUUAGUGCCUUAUAUGUGGUAGAUUUAGUGAAGUUCCGUAGAAUAGCAGCAGGUGAUCGCCUGAGAGGACAGUAUCAAGCUCUCAGUCAAGAUCCUAACAGUUUAUCAAAUUUAGAUCAGGAUCUACCUAAUAACAUGAUACAUCAAGUUGCUAUAAGGUCGUUACCUCAGGAAUGGCUCUACUGUGAAACGUGGUGCCAUGAAUCAGAGAAACCUAGAGCUAAGACAAUAGACUUGUGCAAUAAUCCCCUUACAAAAGAACCUAAGCUUACAGCAGCAGUAAGGAUAGCACCAGAAUGGGUGGACUAUGAUAAUGAAAUCAAGAAUCUAUUAGAGAAAAUAGCUAAUGCCAGCCAAGAAGAAGAAUUAGAAGAAGAAAUUUUUGACGAACCAGAUACAGAAAAAGAUACACAUGAGCACAUAGAUUUAUGAUGAAAGCUUUUCUUAGCAUAUCUUCUUGAUGGGGGAGUAUCUUCUAGGAUAACCUUGAAACAGAACUGAGCACAACCUUGUUGCUUCGUAUGGACUUCAUCUUAUUUAAUGGAGUCAAACCUGCUUUAGCGACCGUCUGUAUAGGACCACUGUCUCUGAGGACCAUGGACCCGUCUUACAAAGAGUUGCGAUCAACCUCAACUACAUGGAUAUCUAUCAAUGUCAUAAUGUUUCCUACAGGAAAUUUGCAUAAUGUCCUUUUGAAAACAAAAGAGCAUCCCUUAUUGUUAAAAAAAUGAUGAACAUGUGCAUAUUGAUUAUAUCUAGAGAGGAACAAACAUGCAUUUUAAAUGUUGACAUUGCUGGCUUUCCAUAGUUGUGGUUGAUCGGAUCAGUUGCUAGUCUUCAUAAGAUGGGGUCCAGGAGAUUGAUUUCCUUGGUAUUGUACUUCUCAUAGAAAUGUGUACUAAAGGAACCUGUCCAUAAAGAUCACCUAUAAAGAAUCACUUCCUACUCUUCCUUGGGUGGUCUUUAGGUACAGGUUUUACUUCAUAAUAGGAGCCUGUUCAUAAAGACUACUGUUUCCCUUUAGAGGUCUUUAUAGACAGGUUUCACUGUACUAUUAAAAAAUAAAGUAAAAUGAUAUUUGCACUUCAUGGUAGUGUGUGCAUUGGUUUGGAUAAACUCCGAAGAAUGGCUUAUUUUGCUGAACCAGAUUGGCCCGAAUUCACAAAGGUAGUUUUGAAAACCCACGGUUGAGUCCAUGGUUUAUGCAUAUUUCCUGUAUAAA